AUGUCUGAACUUAAAAUAGUAUCGAGAAAAGAUCUUUAUAAUGAAGGAGAGGAAUUAGGAGAAGAUAAUAAUUACGAUAAUAGUGGUAGCAAUAAUAGUGAAACUGUAGAGGUAUUAGUACCGCCAACAGAAUUUGAAUUUGUUGAAGUUGAGAGAACCGACUCAUCGUUAGAUCUUAAAGCAAGUGAUAACAGCGCACAGGAACAAAAAGAAGAAAAACAAGAUGAAUUUGAAUUUCCACUGUUCUCGUUUGGUGUUGUUGAAGCAUCAAAUGGUCCAGCUCAAGAAGACCAAGGUACAUCAAAUGGAGAAAAGAAUGCGGCGCAGACUGAAGUAAAUUUGAUGAAAAUUUCAUUGAAGGAACCUGAGGAAGAAAUAAUCGACCAAAAAAGGCCCGAAGAUUAUUACUUUGCAAACUAUUCUACAGAACAAAAGCUGCAAUUCCUACAGAGCUCUGUCGAUUAUGAUAUGGUAGUACAAGAAAGUUCAAAAAUUCUGGAGGAUGAUCAACGUGUCCAUGAUAAAUGGCCAUAUUGCCAGGGCCGAAUAAUGGAUCUGCAUGAGCACAAUGCGAAAAUCGAGUCACAACAGCAAAAGGAAUUGAAAAUUAGAAAAAGGAGACCUGGUCAAAAGCAACGUGCAGCCAAAAAAAUGGCACUUGAAAGAACCAAGGAGCGUGAUGCCAAAGCUCGUGAGAUAAAGAAAAUGUUGAAGAAAAAGUUUCAUAAGCGUGGUGGAAAGAAAAACAAGAAAAAAAUAGCUUUGAACCCACUAGCAAAUGCUGGCAGUACCCCUAAGUUUAGGACGGAAUGA